AUCUUGCCUCUCCCUCCCUGCCUGGUCUGAAGCCGAGUGCGGAAGUGGAAGCGGCACUGUGCGGGUUCAGGGUUCCGCCUGUGGACGGCUUGCCAGAGCCUUCAGCCGACACAGACUGUUAUCCAUCCCAAAUCAAACAUUUGUGAGCAGCACAAACACGGGUCGACAUGGCAGGACGGUUACCGGCGUGUGUUGUCGACUGCGGCACAGGUUACACUAAACUGGGGUAUGCAGGAAACACAGAGCCACAGUUCAUCGUUCCAUCAUGUAUUGCCAUCAAAGAGUCAGCCAAGGUUGGGGACCAGGCCCAGCGGAGGAUGAUGAAGGGGGUGGAUGACUUGGAUUUCUUCAUUGGAGAUGAGGCAAUAGACAAGCCCACAUAUGCUACUAAGUGGCCAAUCCGUCAUGGUAUUGUGGAAGACUGGGACCUGAUGGAGCGCUUCAUGGAGCAGGUCAUCUUCAAGUAUUUGAGGGCAGAGCCUGAGGACCACUACUUCCUCCUGACAGAGCCCCCUCUGAACACACCAGAAAACCGAGAAUACACAGCUGAGAUCAUGUUUGAAUCCUUCAAUGUACCUGGACUGUACAUCGCAGUGCAGGCUGUGCUGGCUCUGGCAGCCUCCUGGACGUCCAGACAGGUGGGAGAGAGGACACUGACGGGCACUGUCAUCGACAGCGGCGACGGUGUCACUCAUGUCAUCCCCGUGGCCGAGGGCUAUGUCAUCGGCAGCUGUAUAAAGCACAUUCCCAUCGCAGGACGCGACAUCACCUACUUCACCCAGCAGCUCCUGAGGGAGCGGGAGGUGGGCAUCCCGCCAGAGCAGUCGCUGGAGACGGCCAAGGCAGUCAAGGAGCGGUUCAGCUACGUGUGUCCAGACCUAGUCAAAGAAUUCAACAAGUAUGACACGGAUGGCUCCAAGUGGAUCAAGCAGUACACUGGCAUCAACGCCAUCAGCAAGAAGGAGUUCACCAUUGAUGUUGGCUAUGAGCGCUUCCUGGGACCUGAGAUCUUCUUCCACCCAGAGUUUGCCAACCCUGAUUUCACCCAGCCAAUCUCCGAGGUUGUGGAUGAGGUCAUUCAGAACUGCCCUAUCGACGUCAGACGUCCUCUCUAUAAGAACAUUGUUCUCUCAGGAGGCUCCACCAUGUUCAGGGACUUUGGGCGCCGUCUGCAGAGAGACCUAAAGCGGACGGUGGACGCCCGGCUGAAAAUGAGUGAGGAGCUCAGCGGGGGCAAGCUCAAGCCCAAACCAAUCGAUGUCCAAGUAAUUACUCAUCAUAUGCAGAGAUAUGCUGUUUGGUUCGGUGGAUCAAUGUUAGCAUCAACUCCCGAGUUCUACCAGGUUUGCCACACCAAAAAGGACUACGAAGAGAUCGGGCCAAGCAUCUGUCGCCACAACCCUGUGUUUGGAGUCAUGUCUUAACUCUGGGCCUCCGACGUCUAACAAUUCGGGGUGGGCCGGGCGGGGCAGGGAGGGCGGGGUCAGGUUGUGUAGAGGACAGGCUCGGGAGGUCAGGGACGGUGGCGCGUUUGUGCUUUUUGAUUGCUCGUUCAACUAUGGAUGUAAGGAACAAGAGGGCAAUCCAGAAUAUAAAAAGAAAAAAAAAAAAGACCAGACCAAACACAGACCGGCUGGA